AUGGAAGAAAUUCUUGCACGACUAAAAAAACAGGAAGAUGAAGUGAAAGAAUUGGAAGCGCAACUGUUCGAUCGACCAGAGUUUAAAGAUAACAAAAAGCUCGAAGAAUUACGAGCAGAAAAUGAAAAACUGAACUACCGAGCCAACAUUCUUACUCGAAGCAUCGAAGAAUUGAAAAAACAGCCAGGACAAGCAAAGGCAUCUGGAGCAACUAAGGAAAAAGCAGCGAAAUCAGCUGAAAAGAAACCUAGUGAUACCAAGGAGAAAAAAUCCGACGGACAGAAACCAGCAGACGCGAAAGCAAAAGCUCCUACAUCAAACAACCCGAUACCAGUGAAAGCCUAUUUUACCGCAGGUGCUCAAGGUGAUGAUGAGCAUUCUUAUCGAACAUUGGAUACAUUGAUAAGUCUUUUUGAACAAGCUAUUCGAAAAGCCUUUCCAGAAGAUCAAUCUUAUCCAGUUCUUGUUGUGCCUGGUAAACAGACCGAUUAUCAAUGCAACUCAGCUAUGCCUAUUGCUCAGAAAUUAGCUGCGGCUGGCAAAAAGAUACCACCCACAGAAGUCGCUAAGAUCAUCACUAACAAUCUUCCUCAACACGAAAUCAUCGAAAAAGUUGAAUUCUCCGGCCCAGGUUUUAUUAAUAUAACAAUCUCUCCCGCAUUUGUUUCCACACAAAUUCGAAAUAUUCUAACGAAAGGUGUUUUACCACCUAAUGUUUUGAAUCUCGUUGGAAAUAUGAGCACCAACGGCAACAACAAAAGACCAAAAGUUGUUAUCGAUUUCUCCUCGCCAAACAUCGCGAAGGAAAUGCACGUUGGUCAUUUACGAUCAACGAUUAUUGGCGAUAGUAUGGCUCGUAUGCUUGAAUACACCGGUUUUGAUGUCCUUCGAUUGAAUCAUCUUGGUGAUUGGGGUACACAAUUUGGUAUGUUAAUUGCUCAUUUACAAGAAAUCUUUCCGGAUUAUAAAACAAAGUCACCACCUAUCGGCGAUCUCCUUGCGUUCUACAAAGCGUCGAAAAAACGAUUUGAUUCGGAAGAAGACUUCAAAAAACGAGCCUAUGAUUGUGUGGUGAAGCUUCAAGCCUUCGAUCCGGAUAUCAUUCAUGCUUGGAAAUUAAUUUGUGAAGUUUCCCGACAAGAUUUCGAGUAUAUUUACAAAGAACUCAAUAUCCGAAUCGUUGAUCGAGGUGAAUCAUUUUAUCAGAGUCGAAUGAUAGAAGUUGUCAAAGAACUUGAAUCAAAAAAUCUAUUAAAAUUAGAAGAAGGCCGAAAAGUCAUGUUUUUACCCGACAUUGAAGUACCAAUGACAAUUGUUAAAUCUGAUGGAAGCUAUACCUACGAUACAAGUGAUAUGGCAACAAUUAAACAACGUCUUCAAGAAGAAAAUGCUGAUUGGAUAAUCUAUGUCAUCGAUUUAGGACAAGCUUUGCAUAUGCAAUCAGUGUUUGCUGGAGCGAAACUGGCGGGAUGGACAGAAGCAAAGAAUACUCGAAUUGAUCAUAUGGGAUUCGGUGUUGUACUUGGUGAAAAUGGAAAGAAAUUGAAAACACGAGAGGGCGAAGCGAUUCGUUUACGAGAUUUACUUAAAGAAGGUGUCGAUAGAUCAAUGGAGAAAUUAAAAGAAAAGGGUCGACAUGAAGUAUUGACACCUGAAGAACUUGAAAAGGCACAAAAAUCAGUUGCCUACGGUUGUAUCAAAUAUGCAGAUUUAUCACACAAUCGAAAUUCCGAUUAUGUUUUCUCAUUCGAUCGAAUGCUCGACGACCGAGGAAACACAGCCGCUUACCUACUCUAUGCCAACACUCGAAUUCGAUCAAUUGCACGAACUGCUGGUGUCGAACCUGCAGCGCUAAAAGCCAUGGCGAAAGAUCACGAGCUGAACUUUACAGUUGAAGAACGUGAAUUGAAACUUGCCAAAUGUAUUAUUAAAUAUCCCGAUGUCUUCACUCGAGUCAUCGAUGAAUUAUUGAUGCAUGGUCUCUGCGAAUAUAUGUAUCAAUUAGCCACAGCAUUUACCGACUUCUAUGAUCGAUGCUAUUGUGUGGAAAAGGAUAAAACAACGGGCGAAGUCCGAAUUAACUAUCGACGAAUCCUUCUUUGCGAAGCAACGGCCAAUGUAUUGGGCAAAUGUUUUGAAAUUUUAGGCAUUCAACCGUUAGAUCGAAUGUAA